CGGGAGCAGUCGCUGACUGAGAAAGGAGGAGGAGGAGGAGAUGGCCACCGGAGAGAUUACCACGCUUCCCUCCGCGCCUGAAGACGGUAGCAGUGGCUUUCCACCCGGAACUUUCAAGGAACCCAAAAGGCUAUACUGUAAGAACGGCGGCUUCUUCUUGCGGAUCAAAUCUGAUGGGGGCGUGGACGGAAUCCGGGAAAAGAGCGAUCCCCACAUAACUCUUCAGCUGCAGGCCACAUCAGUCGGGGAGGUGGUCAUCAAGGGGGUUUGUGCCAACCGCUACCUGGCCAUGAACAGAGACGGGCGACUGUUUGGAGCGAGACGAGCGACCGAGGAAUGUUAUUUUUUGGAGCGCCUUGAGAGCAACAACUACAACACGUACCGCUCCAGGAAGUACCCCACCAUGUAUGUGGCACUGAAGCGGACCGGCCAGUAUAAGUCUGGAAGCAAAACUGGACCGGGUCAGAAGGCCAUCCUCUUCCUCCCGAUGUCCGGCAAGAGCUAACUUGGGACGAGCCAGAGUCAUGUUCAUGUCUUAAGGUGUGGUGGCGGUGAAGGUAUGUCGCCACUGUCUGAAAGAAGUUGCUGUGAUUAUUUUACAACUGUUACAUCCAUCCUUGUUUUUUUUCCAACAAUCCCAACUUGGCAUGAAGAGAUCAGGGUCCCAGGUGGAGGAGGAUUUGUUAAUAUACCUUCAUAUUAUGUGAUGUUUUUUUAAGCUAAAUCUUUCAACACAAGGUGUCUUGGAGAGGGACAUUUAAA